AGCUUAAAUAAAACGCCAUCUGUGAUUUGCGCAUCUCUCUCCUUUCUUUAGACUGAUUUUUUUGGAUCACUCUCCUUUUACAUUCAUCUUCGAAAUUUUUGUAAGUUAACAGUUUCUCAAAAACUAAGGAAAAACGACUACAAAUGGCAGAUCAACUUACCGAUGAUCAGAUCUCUGAGUUCAAGGAGGCAUUCAGCUUGUUCGACAAAGAUGGAGAUGGUUGCAUUACCACAAAGGAGCUUGGGACUGUGAUGAGAUCACUGGGACAGAACCCCACUGAGGCAGAGCUCCAGGACAUGAUUAAUGAAGUUGAUGCUGAUGGGAAUGGAACUAUUGAUUUCCCUGAGUUUCUCAAUCUCAUGGCUAGGAAGAUGAAAGACACCGAUUCCGAGGAGGAGCUGAAAGAGGCCUUUAGAGUUUUUGACAAGGAUCAGAAUGGUUUUAUUUCUGCUGCUGAGCUCCGCCAUGUGAUGACAAACCUCGGUGAGAAGCUUACAGAUGAAGAAGUUGAUGAAAUGAUAAGGGAGGCAGAUGUUGAUGGUGAUGGCCAGAUAAAUUACGAGGAAUUUGUCAAAGUCAUGAUGGCAAAGUGAUCAACCAGAGUCCCUCCAAAAUUAAAAUGGAAGGAUUCUUAAAAGGUUAAGGAAGGAUUUCUCUUUUUCCUUUUUAUGUUAUUUUCUAUAUUUGGGCAAUUUUUAUUUAACGUUGUUGAAUCAAGCUCUUAAAAGGCAGUUGUGAUCUAUCUAUGGUUGUGAAUGCUGGAUGUUACCUUUAAUGUCAUGUUUCUAAUGUAUUGCUAAACUCAAUUGCCUUUGGCAGUUUGUUUUCUUUUAGUAGUCUCUUUGAACUUGAAAUUACCUUGAAUGAUUCAAUGCAAUCUGUUGGAUUUUUGGAUUA